GCAACACGGAACAAACAGUCAACACGGAAGUUAUAAUACGGUUCUUGUCUGGAAAACUGCACCGAUGAUCGCUUUAAAAUUAUUAUAAAGCUGUGGUUUUAUUCCGGAUCCCGCUGCUUUAUGCGCAUUCCUUCGUGGAUAAAGAUACUUUAGAGGACCGUAAUUAGGAGGAUUUGUUAGGAUGAUACUUUUUUAGCCGGUGAUGUCGGAGAGCUGGUUGAAGGAUCACGGACUUAAACCCUACGUGUCACAAGCUGCGCGUGCAGCAGCACGGGCAUGUCGGGUAGCAGGGGUCGGGUGUUUCACAUCAUGAGUGUGUAGCUCUACAGAUCAGUAUUGUUCAUCCGGUCAGAUAUAUAGCCGAGUAAAAGAGGCAGCAUGUUUCAGAAGACCUCUCUGACCACCAUCAUAGUGGGGGUCUUCAUCGUCUACGUGCUGCACACGUGCUGGGUGAUGUACGGCAUCGUGUACACUAAACCAUGUGAAAAACCCAGAGGUGACAACUGCAUCAGUCCUUAUCUUGCAGGAAAACCUCGCCUGCAGGUGAGCAUCUACACAGCUCUGCGUGCCAACGGUGAAGGAGGACACACACUCAUCCACAGGGAGGAGGAUUUCGAUGUUAACACCAGAUUUGAGAGGUUAAUAAACGUGUCCCUGCCGAAGAAGACACGGAAGAAUGGAACGCUAUACGGCAUGGUGUUCGUCCAUCAGGCGGGAAUGUCUCCGUGGCAGGACCCACGCCAAGUGCAUCUGGUCACACAGCUCACUACGUACAUGCUGCCCAAACCUCCGGAGGUCAGCCUGAUCACCGGCCAGGAGCUGCCCCAGCAGCAGGAGCAGAGAACCCCUGGGAGUAAUGGAGAGGCGGACUGGCCCGUGUCUCAUUGGCGUUCCCGUCUCACACUGAACAUCGUGGCUGAGAACUUCAUGUUCGACCGAGAGGCCAUACCGAGUGACGUGCAUCGCUAUAUGAGAGUGUAUCAGAGUGGGAAGAAGUUUGUGUACUUGCCUCUGCUGUUCAUAGACGAGCUGAGUAACCGGGUGAAAGAUUUAGUGGAGAUCAACAGCAGCACCACUGAGUUGCCUCUCACCAUUUCAUACGACACCAUCACGCUGGGAAAGCUGCGCUUCUGGAUCCACAUGCAGGACGCCGUUUACUCGCUGCAGCAGUUCGGUUUCACUGAAAAGGAUGCAGAUGAAAUCAAGGGUAUAUUUGUGGACACCAAUCUCUACUUCCUCGCCCUGACCUUCUUUGUCGCCGCCUUUCAUCUCUUGUUUGACUUCCUGGCGUUUAAGAAUGACAUCAGCUUUUGGAAGCAGAAGAAGAGCAUGGUGGGAAUGUCCAGUAAAGCAGUGCUGUGGAGAUGUUUCAGCACUCUAGUGAUUUUCCUCUACCUGCUCGAUGAACAGACAAGCCUGCUGGUGCUCAUCCCUGCUGGAAUAGGAUCUCUGAUCGAGGUGUGGAAAGUGAAGAAAGCCUUCAAAAUCUACAUUUUCUGGAAAGGGAUUACUCCAACUUUCAUGUUCGGCAAAUCGGACGAAUCCGAGAGACGGACGGAGGAAUAUGACAGUUUGGCGAUGAAAUAUCUGUCCUACCUGCUGUAUCCACUGUGUGUGGGUGGAGCCGCUUAUGCACUUGUAUUUGUGAAGUAUAAAAGUUGGUACUCCUGGCUGAUCAACAGUUUAGUCAAUGGAGUCUAUGCUUUUGGAUUCCUCUUCAUGCUACCUCAGCUCUUUGUGAACUACAAGUUAAAGUCGGUGGCUCAUCUGCCCUGGAAGGCCUUUAUGUACAAGGCAUUCAACACGUUUAUUGACGACGUCUUUGCCUUCAUAAUCACCAUGCCAACGUCUCAUCGGCUGGCCUGCUUCAGGGACGACGCUGUGUUUAUUAUUUACCUGUAUCAGCGAUGGCUGUAUCCAGUGGACAAGACCAGGGUGAACGAGUACGGCGUGUCUUACGAUGAGGAACCAAAACGGAAAUCACACAAAGAGUGAACCAACCACAGCAUCUAAUCCUCCUGCAGGAGACGUCCACGCGUAUACGCUGAGACAGCGACGAGGACAUGGACGCACGGUUCAGUUAACACUGGAUCCGCCGUCCCUACUUUGGACUUUUGUCUAUUCCAUGCGCUUCAUGUUCUCAUGUGUCCUGUUCUCCUCAUGUUAAUGUCAGAUGAUAAUGGAAUAUUCGACUGGAGGGGCGAUUACUAAUGAGCUGAAUUGAUGUUAUUGAGCUAAUGGGGUCAGCUUAUGUCCACAAAUGUCUUUGAUUUGCUCAGGAUAGAGCCGAUUUAGCUCCUUAACACCCACUUCUCUCAAUCAGAGCUUAUUAUUAACGCGUACUGUUUCUACUUGCUAUUCCCUGUUAUCCUGCUUAUGAUUUACGUGUCAUUAAGUUAAUUUUGUCUAAUUAUUUUCUAAUAAUGAGGGAACAUGAGCUCAGCUGAAGCAGAAGUAUGAUACCUUUCAUUAAAUAGUGUUUAAAAAAGAAAGAAAAGUCACAUUCGUGCCAAAUGAACAGGAGGUUUGAUAAGUAGUUGAAGGUCCUGAUGGGAAAUUGUGAUGUUUCUGUGAACAAGGUGAGAAUGAUCUGUGUGUGAGUUUGUGUACUAUAUUCCACUAAAGUGUUUAACGGGCCUUGAUUAAUCAUUUAUUCAUGAUAUCCAUGCUUUGGUUUAUGAGGAGGAUAUUUCUACCUGCUUAGAGCUGCAACAUUUAACACUUUUUGGCAGAGUUUAUUUUAAAUCAGAAAGCUGAUUGAAGCAUCUCAACUGGAAACAAGCUGCAGUAAAUCAGUGGGAUUCUUUUUCCCCCUAAUCACCAUCCGCUCUGGUACCUGCAUUCCUGAUGUUAAGGUUAUCACAAUAACAGUGAUGCAUGAGAAAACGCACAUAUGCAAUAUAUGUUUUUAAUAUUCAUUUUCUAAUGUUCUUAUGCUUCUUCAGUGAAAUAAAUGAAAUCCUCCACCAAA